AUGCAAUCCCUGCAGUUCCUGUUGAGGGCCAGCCAUGCCGCCCUGCUCUUGGUUUUCUGUCUGCAGCUGGGGACCAACACAGCUCAGGAAGACACAGCCACUCGACAGUCGAUUUUAAUGGACUUCCAGGUGCCCCAAGUGACAAGGUCAAAUGAAGAAGUCACCGGGAAGCUUGUAGUUCAAACGGAAUUGAAAGAAUGUAUGGUGAUUAAAACUUACCUGGCAAGCAGCAAGCCGAUUGAUGGACCUUUUAACUAUAGAUACACUGCCUGCCUGUGUAACGAUUAUCCAAGAACCUUCUACUGGGACUUUCAGGUCAACAGUACUGUAAGGAUGGCUGCUGUGGUUGAUGUCAUUCCUCAGUUGGGUAUCUGCCCCAAUGACGAGGCAGUGGUCCCCAUCAAAGCAAACCGUUUCACUCUCCUGAGGACCCUGUUUGUUGUCUGAGCUGGCCGGAAGCCUCACCUGACUGCCCCGCACCCCACCUUAC